AUGCCGGAUUUUGAGCACUUUCGAUUUUCCUACUCCAGAAUGAAUCCUGUUUUGGGUGGCAGUGCGUACCCGAUCCAUCAGCCGCAGAAUCCGGGAGCGAGUUUAUCAGACCCGGGAUUCUUCUCUGACCCCGUCUACGGUUCACCCGAUCCAGGAUUUUACUUCGGAGAACCAGGACAAGGCGGUUUGGAUUCGGGCGGACUGUCCCACAGCCUGCCGUAUUUACACCUCAGCGGCUCCCCGCACCGCAUCCACGCACCGCAUCCUCCCGCAGCGGCCCUGCGCAAUGACCUGGGCUCUAACAUCAGUGUCCUCAAAACUCUCAACCUCAGGUUCCGCUGUUUUCUGGCUAAAGUGCAUGAACUGGAGCGCAGGAACAAAGCUUUAGAAAAGCAGCUGCAGCAAGCACUGGAGUCCAAUAACAACGACAAGGGAUGUGAACAUGACCAACCCAUCACCAGAGACAGUACAGUCCAGAGCGGCUUCAUAGGUGGGUCAAUUUCAUGCCUAUUUUCUCUUUAAUUCUUUAUUGGGGUGGCACCGAGGCUCACAGCAAGAAGGUCCUGGGUUCGAUCCCCAGGUGGGGCGGUGCGGGUCCUUUCUGUGUCGAGUUUGCGGGUUUCCUCCGGGUCUACCAGCCCCACACCUCGGUUUCCUCCGGCUCCGAGUUGGUUGUAUACACCAUAUGGAAGGUUCGGCAAUGGGCGCGAGUUGAGGGUUUCAGGUCAUAGGGUGUCGUGGCCGUAUCAGAAUGAUGCCGGGGUCCAAAUCGAUACCAUCACACCAGAAAUCCGGGCCCUGUACAAUGUGCUGUCCAAAGUGAGACGAGAAAGAGACGAGUACAAGCAAAGGUGGGAGGAGGAGUACACAGUACGAGUAGACCUACAGGAGAGGAUGGCAGAGCUUGAAGAGGAUUUGCAUGAAAGCGAACUGUGUAAGGAUGAACUAACUUUCCGAGUAAAGCAACUGAAAGCUGAGCUGGUCCUCUUUAAAGGCCUUAUGAGCAACAAUCUCUCUGAGCUGGACAGUAAAAUCCAGGAGAAGGCCAUGAAGGUGGACAUGGAUAUCUGCCGACGGAUUGACAUCACUGCCCGCCUGUGUGAUGUGGCCCAGCAGAGGAACUGUGAGGACAUGAUUCAAAUCUUUCAGGUUUGUAUAACCGGUCAGUCUGUCAGGACCAACGACGCUGAGGAACCACUUAGCAUUUCUGAGAGUGAGGAGAGCAGGAACAAGGACGUGGAGUUGUGUGGUUCGUCAACCAAUCAGGUCAAUGAAGAGAUGCAGAGGAUGCUUAACCAGUUGCGUGAGAGUGAGUUUGAGGAUGACUGUGAUAGUCUGGCAUGGGAGGAGACUGAAGAGACUCUACUGCUAUGGGAAGAUUUCCCAGGAUACUCAGUGGGUGUGGACACUCAGGGGGAGCCAGAUGAGUCGCUAGAGGAGGUGAUAAAGGACACUGAGUCGCUGUUUCAGUCUCGUGAGAAGGAAUACCAAGAGACCAUAGACCAGAUUGAGCUGGAGUUGACCACAGCAAAGUCGGAUAUGAACAGGCACCUGCAUGAAUACAUGGAGAUGUGCAGUAUGAAGAGAGGUCUGGACGUGCAGAUGGAAACAUGUAGGAGGCUCAUUACACAGACUCGAGACAGGAAAUCACCUCUUCUCUUUUCGGUCACUGUGGAGGAUGGUGAGGAGAAAGAGAAAGAGAAAAGGAAGAGUUUUCUCCCCGAUUAUGGCAGAACUGAGUCAUACUGCGGCACAGCCAACAACCUCUCUGUCACUCACCCGACCUGAAACAAUGCCUUAUAGCAUUAUAUAUCAGAUAAUAUUUUCAU